AUGCGUCAAUGUCACAUCGCUGCCCAUGACGGAACAAAGAAGCACCAAUGGAAUCUCUCACAUGCACUGUGCUGUAGUCAUGCAACCCCUCCACCCAGUUCCGAGCCCAACAUCGACUUCAACAUGCUUGAGCCCUCCGACUCGACCUCACACAACGAACCUUCUUGCAGCCAGCUACCUUCUGAUCAAAUGUCUGACGAUGCGACACCUCCACUGAUGGAUCCUGUAAACAAUAAUGUGGAGGAUGAUGAGUCUUACUUUCCAAUCGAGGAGCUUUGGCAUGGCGCAGCCUCAGCAUGCACAUUUUUGCAUGCAUACUACUAUGAAGAGAUGCAGGCAGCUCUUCAGCGAGGAGAGUUGCUGUUUUCCUGUCCCUUACCCCCUAGCUCUGAUGAGCUGGGUAUGGAGACAGACGAUGUUGAUGCGGACUUCGACGAUGGUCUUGAGUUGGACAAUUAUGGAAUAGACCUUUCAGGUAUAUCCUCUGAAAUGGACAGCCCAGCUUCAAAAUCAGAGGUUCCUCUGGACUCACCAACUUUUCCAUGGGCGACAACAUCCGAAUUUAUCACACAUCUUCUCUUUAGCUCACCCCGGCUUCGAUUCUCUGAAGCACAGAAGAGGGCCGUUCUCAAUUGGGCAACUGCGCUUGGGGCAACAGGCGUCCCCUCACUUCAUAGUCUCCGGAAAGCGCAGGAUAGGAUCAAGGAACUUGUUGGAAACCUGACUGAGAAAGUUAGCGUAGCCUCCGGCAAUGUUUUUUAUAUCAACUCUGUGGGCAAGGCCAUAGCAAAAGAUUAUUCCAAUCCACUCACAUGA